UCGAGUUAUCAGUCUCUUCCUUCGUUGUUGAAAAAAGACUACACCGGCAAUCGGAAGAGGCGUUUGGCACAGCGAAUUAACCAUUUUGCUCUGUCACACUCUGAUUUUCUGCACUAGUGAUUUCCACCAUGGCGCCAGUUUCUGCUCUUGCAAAGUACAAGUUGGUGUUCUUGGGUGAUCAGUCGGUGGGCAAGACCAGCAUCAUCACUCGCUUUAUGUAUGAUAAAUUUGAUACAACCUACCAGGCUACAAUUGGUAUUGAUUUCCUAUCCAAAACUAUGUAUCUUGAAGAUCGAACUGUUCGGCUGCAGCUGUGGGAUACAGCUGGACAGGAGAGAUUUAGAAGUCUUAUUCCAAGCUACAUCAGGGAUUCAUCUGUGGCUGUUAUUGCUUAUGAUGUUUCAAGCCGGCAAACUUUUCUAAACACAUCAAAUUGGAUUGAAGAGGUGCGAAGUGAGAGAGGUAGUGAUGUAAUUAUUGUUCUUGUGGGGAACAAAACUGACCUUGUGGAUAAGAGGCAAGUCUCUACGGAGGAAGGGGAAGCAAAAGCCCGUGAGCUGAAUGUCAUGUUUAUUGAAGCUAGCGCCAAAGCUGGCUUUAAUAUAAAGGCCCUCUUUCGGAAAAUUGCUGCUGCGUUACCUGGCAUGGAAACGCUCUCUUCAACAAAACAUGAAGAUAUGGUUGAUGUGAACUUGAAGUCUUCUAGUGGCCCUAAUUCUCAACCUGAGUCUGGUGGAUGUGCUUGUUGAAUGUGCCUUGCCUUGACGUUAUGUAUCUUGCUUUCUUCUUCUGGCUAUAUUCGUCUUAGAACGUGUUUGGCUAAGCUGUUCAGGUUUCAUUUUCAAGACUUAUACAGCAUUAUGUGAAAUUCUUUUUUCAGAAUAUUAGUGGAUAGGAAGCAGUGGAAGAAUCAAUAGAGUCUGUAUGUUGGCUAUUCAUUAUUGUAACGUACAACAAUGGCUAACUCUAUCACAAAUUUACCUUUUUCAAGAGCUAUUGAACUCUGCCGAGAUUAUAUAUCGCCUCCCCGUUUUAAGUUAAAUUG